GGUAGAAGCCUUUGAGUGUCGUUUGACUAGUUAUGGUUUUAUCGCCAGAUUAUUCGUAUGUUUUAAAUCAAUCUCUGUUGGAAAGUAGCAAAGAAAAGCUGCAUGAUGAUGCAGGUUUCACUGAUUCGCAAAAUAAAUAUUUAUUUUUAAGAGCAAAAAAAGAGACUUUGGAAAAGAAAGUUAAGUAUCAAGCAGCGUACGCCAAAGUCCUAGAAGCAAUAGGCAAUGAGAGGAACAAGUCCGAUGAUUUCAAGACGCCGCUUGCAGAUUUCGAAGCUUCCAAAAAGUUGUUAGAGGAUAUGGAAGGGAAAUGGCGGGUUGCUGAAGUCAGUCGUUUGUCGAAACUAGUGGGUACACUUAUGCAAGGGACGUUACAUAUAGAAAAGGAAAGCAAAAAAUUCUCCAUUUCCAAAGACGUACUCACAACCCUAUAUACAUCUUUGAGGGAAGUGCAAUCGCAGUUGGAAAGACUUGAUCUAUUGGAGGAUCCGAGUACUUCCUCUGACAUGUCUAUUUACUCCAUUCUUGCUGAUCUUCAGCGAAUUAGCAAAUCCCUCGCAAAACAACCAUCGGAUAUGAAAUCCGUUGAACUGCAUCAACCACCUCCACGAGUCUCUGACUCUUCUUUGAAUAAAGAGACAUUGGCGAAUGUUCUUCUAGAUUGGCAAAGACUAAGUGCAGAACAAAACACAUAUCUACGAGAAAUAAGCAAUGCUGGAAACAUCCCUCCCGAUUGCUUGCUUCAAUUACGACAAUACUUUUUUCGAAGCGAACUGCUGUCUGAGAAACUAUCCAAUAUCUAUUCCUCUGUCAAUGAUGGGGCAGACGAUAAUCUUUUGUAAUGAAGGUGAGCUGAAUCUUGUAUUCCUUCUAUAGAUAUAAGCUUUUUAAUAUAUCCUUAUUCUCCGGCUUUGUUUUGAGCUGUAAUGAGCUCAAUCUUUUCGUUACUCUUGAGCGUUCAACGUUCCGUUCUUUUUAUAUCCUAUAUACCUGGUUUCUUUUAUAUUUUGUUUUUGGUUUUUGGCGUUAAAAGGUUCCUCAAUUCCCAAUGAAUAUCUUUUCUAACGAUUUUUAUUUGAUAAUUACGAUGUCGCAUUCAAGCUUCACUGUCUUUUCGUAAAUCUAUUGUUUUUUAUUAUGAUUAUAUCAAAUUACAAGAAUUCCUUUUCUUUCAUCCUAACGAUUCCUACCAUGCUCUUCAAGUUUGUUUAUUUUUCUUUCUC